CCUUCCGAGUUCCAAGCGCCAAUCCAAAUCCGCCAUUCGCCAACCAAACUGUCAAGACUCAUUAGAUCUCCCGUCUUCUCUGCUCUGCUCUGCUCUGCUCUUAUGCAUUCAACCUGCCCCUAUUCAUCUUUUCCAAAUUUAUCAAUUUCAAUCAAUUACUUUAACAACAGUCAAAAACAUUCCAUGAUCCCAGCAUGAUUUCCAACUCACUCCGACGAACAUAACAUAGAUAAACCUUAAUUAAUCCAACAAAAAAAAAAGACAUCUUUCUUACAAAUUAUUGCCAUAAUAAAAAUGCAACCUCAAUUACUUCCUAUAUCUAAUCCAAACCCGUCUUCAUCAUCCUCAUCAUCAUCUGAGAUAAUCCCAAUAACGUCUUCCGCCUCAGCUGGGACAAUGUUGUUUGGAUCAGAGGAUGAUAUGGCCGCCGCAACCAGAAUUUUGAUUUCUCCAACUUUUGAGGAUGAGAUGAAAAUUGAGACAAGGCCCUUAAUUUCUAGGACGUUGAGUUACACUGAUACUUUAUCAUCUACUUCUGGGGGUUCAGGAUCUCAUCAGCAGCAGCAAAGGAGGAGGAGGACUGCUAGUGAAACCAGCCUUUUUUCCCUCUCCGGUGGCGGCCGCCGUCACUCUUUUCGACAAAAUAUGGGCAGGGCUGCCUCGGAUACUUAUCUUCUUACUCGCCUUGGCUGUAAGCUGUUGAGAUAUCUUGGGGUAGGCUACAGGUGGGUGACCAGAUUUCUUUCACUUGGCUGUUAUGCAUUCCUACUCAUUCCUGGUUUCAUUCAAGUUGGGUAUUAUUACUUCUGUUCCAGUCAAGUGCAGAGAGGUAUUGUUUACGGUGACCAACCAAGAAAUAGGUUAGAUUUGUACUUGCCGAAAAAUGGUGAUGGACCAAAGCCAGUUGUUGCCUUCAUAACCGGUGGAGCCUGGAUAAUUGGGUAUAAAGCUUGGGGUUCUCUUCUGGGACAACAGUUAUCAGAAAGAGACAUUAUAGUGGCAUGCAUAGACUACAGAAACUUCCCUCAGGGAACAAUGGGUGAUAUGAUUCAGGAUGCUUCCCGAGGUAUUUCAUUCAUAUGCAACAACAUUGCUGAAUAUGGAGGUGAUCCUGAUAGAAUCUACUUGAUGGGACAGUCAGCAGGUGCUCAUAUUGCUGCUUGUGCACUUGUAGAGCAGGCAAUCAAGGAGGCUGGUGAAGGAGAAAGCACUUCUUGGAGUGUCUCUCAAAUUAAUGCCUAUUUCGGUCUUUCUGGAGGAUACAAUCUCCUUAACCUGGUUGAUCACUUUCAUAGUAGAGGUUUAUACCGUAGAAUUUUUGAAAGUAUAAUGGAAGGGGAAGAAGGUCUACGGCGAUAUUCUCCUGAAAUCAAGGUACAGGACCCAGAUAUUAGAAACGUGGUUGCUCUCCUACCACCAAUAAUUCUAUUCCAUGGAACUGGAGAUUAUUCUAUUCCCUCAGAUUCAAGUAAGAGUUUUGCAGAGACUCUUAGGAAAGUUGGAGUUAAAGCUGAAUCUGUUUUAUAUGAAGGAAAGACUCACACGGACUUGUUUCUUCAGGACCCAAUGAGAGGUGGUAGAGACGAUAUGUUUGAAGAUUUGGUUGCCAUAAUUCAUGAUGGAGACUCUGAAGCGCUUGCCAAAGAUGCAAAUGCUCCCCCAAAAAAACGCCUAGUACCUGAAUGCAUGUUGAAGUUAGCCCACAGUGUCAGUCCAUUUUAGCACUCAUUUGAUGGAUAAUUAUAUCCGGAAAGGGAUGCCAAAAUGAACACAUCUCCGCCAACCAUUGAUCAAAUGAUGUUUUAAUUUAGAGUGUAGUAAACCCAAAAGAUUAAUGUUAAUUCUAGAUUAUAAACAUUAUAUUUGUUUAGUCAGUUGGUUUAGGUGGACCAUGAAUUGUUUUGUAAUAAAACAAUUUUCAGGGGAUUGUAACCCACUUUUGGGGUGAUAGAAUUAGUAUUGGAUUUGGAUUUGUUGGU